GAGAGAAAACUGGCAAGUACAGCUCAUGAAGGAAAUCACCUACACAAAAGGACACAGAAAAUCUAAUUUUUCAUUUUUGCAAUCUCUCCAUCUGAAAAUCUUAUUCUAAGGAUUUAUAUCAGGAAGUGAAGAACACUAAUGUUUAAGAGCCACAUCAUUCUUCUCUGUGGUGAAGCUUCUGGGACAUCUCCUUAUUUUUCUGGAACUGGAACUAUAAUCUCCCUUUCUUGAAAGGAGACAGUUGUGAAAAAAUAUUGAGUGGCAUCACAAUGGGAGUAACAAUACAAAAUGUAACAGGAAGCACAGCAAUGGUAAUUUGGCCAACCAUGGCCAUUUGUGCUGACAGCUUUUACAGUAUUAUGUAUCAUCCCAACCGGAACAACAUGCUGUCAGGUUAUUCAAGAAAAAAUUUUCAGAAAGAAGAGCGAGUGCCUGCUAGUCGUUCUUCAUUUGUCGUCGAAAACCUAACUCCACUAACCACCUACAUAUUGUGCGUAACCUGCCAAUCUGCAAACCCAUCCAGCGACCAGUGCAGAAUUUUUCACACAUUAGAAGAAGAUCCAGCAUCUGCAAGCAACAAAAAAAAAGAUCUGGCCCUGGGUAUCUGGCUAACUAGCAGUAUUCUGCUUCUCAUCAUUGCCGGGAUCCUCCUUUAUGGCUGCCUGCAUAUAUGGUACCGCAAGAGACGAGAACGUGUAGAAGGACAAAACAUGACCUCAGACCAGGACAAGGAGGAGGCUUGGACAAUAAACAAGUCACACACCCCAGAGCAGUUUAACAGGCAAGGCAGAUUAGUCCAAAGUGUUGAGGGUAAGAAUGCAGAAGGUAUCCAACUGGCUACCAUAAUAGAAAAUCCCUUAACUUCUAAGGAGCCUACCAUGCAAACUUCCAAAAGCCAGGAAUUAGUGCCGAUGACAGUUGGGCCAUUUUAAUUGGUAAACGCCACUGCACAGAUUAACAGUGCACCAUGAGUGAAAUAUUUUAACCCAACAAGUUCUAUACCUUUUACGGUUUGUAUUUGCAGUGUUUAAUUCUUGCUGAUGCACUCUCAUCAGCAUUCUUAUCCACAAUUGCCCCUCCCACCAUCACACAUACAGCUGGAAGGUUCUCAGUAUUAAGGUUUAGAACUAAAUAGUCUCUUGAUUUGAUUAAGAAAAUAUUAUCAAGCAUACAGCAUAGAAAUCAAAGGGUAUUCUUGGUUUUUGUUUUGGAGGGAGAGAAUAAGGUUUAUUCCAAAACGGUAACCCAAAAUAAACACACGAAUGAAAAGGACAAAGGGAGAAUUAUUAUUCAAUAAUAAAACAAACUGAAAAUUGCAUAUUGAGACCUGGUAUUCUCAUGCUGCAGGCAGCUCGAAUGCCCUGUAUUAAAUGACUACAUCUAUAAUGGUCUGUCACGUUUUUUUAUCCACAUCAUUCAGAAUCAGGUUGUUUCUGAAACUGCACAGCUCAUUGCUGUACAGUGUACUUGACAGUUCCAUUCAAAACAAGUUCUAGUUAUAGGACACCAGCUAAAUUCCAUUGAUAUUCGAAAAAAGGGAUUCCUAUUUCACCCAACUUAAAAAUGCACUCAGGAUGGUGACACCAGCAAGAGGCACUCUAGCUACACCACCAUGAGAGGUUAAGGUGUUUAAUGCUUAAUGCUGCAGUUAUAAGAGGGAAGUGCUCAUUGCACAGCAUGGAAAGGGGAGAUCAUGAGACCCAAAACUAUGACUCAUGAUUGCUCUGUCCCUAAACUGAAGGGGGAGAACAAAACACAAUGGGCAGGUUUUUAUCCAGCCACCAAUUUCUGUUAAGGUACCAAGAGUAAAAGCAACUAGACUAUGACUGAGUACAUGUAUUUUUGAGAUUAUGGAAAUGUACACGCAACUUUAGUUGUCCUGAAGAUCUUGGCAAGUUGCCAACACUGUCCUUGAACUGGCAACUUGGGCACUCUGGAAGAAUGAUAUAUCCAGUCUGUUUUCACACAUUCACAUUCCAUAGUUUUAAAUCUAUUAAGCACAUAUUUCUUCCUUUUAUGUUGAUAUUUUACUGUUAUUGUAUAAUACGCUGUGUGUGUGUGGCUGUACGAUAUACUGUGAUUUUAUGCAUUUAUUUUAAACUGAUAUUAAAAGAAUGUAUAUUUAAACUCAACAUUCACUUAGCCGGCUUGAUCUAUUCCAGCAGCCAAAGAAGGGCAACUGUUAGCAUAGCUAUUGCCAUCAAUUCUAAUGGCUUUCUGGAAGCCAAGGUGGUCUAUUACAGACAAGUCUGAUAAUGUAGCACCCACCUAAACACUUCACAGCAGGCAGUGUGGCUUUUCCAGCUACUCCACUCCUGCAGUGUUUCAACCAUUCUGUGACUGAUACUUCAGUUUUCUUAGUGCUAAGGUAGUCAUACACACGGAAAUCAUAGCUGGCACAACCCGAAAACAAAUUUGC